AAAAUUUGUAAAUCAAUGCCUUCAUUCUGCAGAUCCAAAUGCACCAAUGUACUAUAAAGGUGUUUACCACCUUUUCUACCAGCAUAAUCCUUAUGCAGCAACCUUUGGAGACAGAAUUGUAUGGGCUCAUUCUGUGUCCUAUGAUCUCAUCAAUUGGAUUCAUCUAAACAAUGCUAUCGAACCGAGCGAGCCUUUCGACAUCAAUAGCUGCUGGUCAGGUUCAGCCACCAUACUCGAAGGAGGCGAAAAGCCUUUUAUUUUGUACACAGGUAUUGAUGAAAACAAACACCAAGUUCAAAACUUGGCUAUUCCAAAGAAUGCAUCAGAUCCUUUCCUAAGAGAAUGGAUCAAACUCCCUCAAAACCCUGUGAUGAAACCACCAAUUGGUGUUGAGUUGAACAAUUUUAGAGACCCUUCAACUGCUUGGCUUGGAAAUGAUGGAAAAUGGAGGGUAGUUGUUGGUGCUCAAAAUGGUGAUCAAGGGAAGGUUAUUUUGUACCAUAGUAAGGAUUUUGUUGAUUGGAAAGUGGAUUCUAGGCCGUUUUUCGCGACGGAUAACACCGGAGUUUGCGAGUGUCCGGACUUCUUUCCGGUGUUGAUCAAAGGCGAAAAUGGAGUAGAUACAUCUUUUGAUCAUCAAGAUUCUAAUUUUGUUAGGCAUGUAAUGAAGAUAAGUUAUCUUAGUAGGUUACAUGACUAUUAUUUUCUUGGAAACUAUAAUGUCUUUGGUGACAAUGAAAAUUUUGUUCCUGAUGUUAAAUUCACAGGAACUAGUUCAGAUUUAAGGUAUGAUUAUGGUAAAUUUUAUGCUUCCAAAUCAUUUUUUGAUUAUGCUAAGAACAGGAGAAUAUUGUGGGGAUGGGUGAAUGAAUCUGAUUCUACACAAGAUGAUAUUCAAAAAGGAUGGGCUGGUAUACAGUCAAUUCCAAGGCAAAUUUGGCUUGAUAAAAGUGGGAAGAGAUUGGUGCAAUGGCCAAUUGAAGAGAUUGAAAAAUUACAUGACAAACAAGUUAGCAUUAGUAAAGAAAACCUCCUUAGUGGAUCAACUCUUCAAGUCUCCGGCAUCAUUGCAUCACAGGUUGAUGUAGAAGUGGUAUUUGAAAUAUCCGAAGUAGAAAGUGCAGAAUGGUUAGAUCCAAAGGGUGUUGAUCCACAAAUACUAUGUAGCAAAAAAGAAGAUGGAUCAAGAAGUGGCAAAAUUGGACCAUUUGGUUUGUUAGCUUUGGCAUCAGAGGAUCUCCGAGAGCAAACUUCAGUGUUCUUUCAAAUCUAUAAAGCUCCAAAUAGAUAUGUAGGCCUAAUGUGUAGUGAUCAAAGCAGGUCUUCAUUAAGAGAUGACCUUGAUAAAACUACAUAUGGAACUUUCUUUGACAUAGAUCCUACUCAAAAAACAAUUUCUCUUAGAACAUUGAUUGACCACUCUAUUGUUGAAAGUUUUGGAGAUGAAGGGAGAAUUUGUAUCACCAGUAGAGUUUAUCCUUCUUUGGCUAUAGACAAAAAUGCUCAUCUUUUUGUAUUUAAUAAUGGGAUUCAAACUAUACAAAUUUCAAAAUUAAAUGCUUGGAGCAUGAAGCAAGCACAAAUUGGCUAUGAGGGCAAUAUAAGUUGUGUUUGAAGAGAACCAUAGAACUUUAAUCCACAAAUUAUUGAGUUUUUUUAUUGGUCUAUCCACCAUUAUUGUAAUAAGAAGAUGAAUCUGAUGUAAGAAUUAGUUGUUCUUAUUAGAAAUUCUGCAUUUAUUUUGCUUAACUAAGAUUUAUAUUCUCUUAA